AUGGCGACGAAUUAUUGGGAAAAAGAGACUGUUUUAAAAGACGAUACAAUUGAUAUUGAUUGUCGAAAUGAGCAGCUUAUUCAAUCAGUAAAAACAACGAUCUCUAGAAUAAUAGAGAGUAAGCAGCUUCGACAACUACCAGACAGUAGUUUAUCUUCUAAAAUAGAAGAAAAAAAUAAUCAGAUUGUAAGCUACUCCGAAUCACCACCUGGAGCAUUUCACUGCAAAAAUGACUUCAGCCAAUUCCAUCACCAUGGAAGCCCUAGUUAUCGUGAAGCGGAAUUUAUUGUUGUGUGUGAUGUUAACAAAGAAAGUAAACAAGUAAGCUUGAUGCACGUACCGGCGACUUUUAAAAAUGCUGCUGAUGAAAAACUUAAACAAUCAAUACGGAGAUUCGCUGAUACUCAUGGUAGUGCAGCUACAAUUGUUGUAAUAUCGGGUGAUGUUAAUUUUGCAGCUGAUUUAAGCGAUUUGCGACAUCGUAAAAAAAUACACAUUAUAAUUAUCCAUAAUGAGAAUUCUGCAUCAAAAGCACUUAUUCAGUGUGCCAAUGAGGAUUAUCAUUUCAAAGAUCUUAUAGAACGAAUACCCUGUAGACAUCCUGAUGAUUAUAUUAAGGACGACGAAAGGUUUGACCUUUUGGUAACCAAUCUUCCGACGGAUAAAGGAUUCCAAGCAGUAAAAAAUAGACUUCAACGAUUAUCAGACAAUUGCGGUGGACGGGUACUUAUGGUAAAUUCAGGAGCAGCAAUAGUACGCUUUGGACAACAAGACUGGGCUAAAAGAGCUCAACAGCGUAUGAAUGGCACUGAUGUAUUUGGCUCUACGAUAAAGGUGACCUCACUUAAGGAUAAUACUAGCCUAACAUUUGAAGAAAAAAAUAACUUGGUCAACCUAAUCACUGUUUUAGCAAACGGAGCUGCUGUUAGUUCACCAUUACCAAUGUAUCAUCCAAACGCAAACAUUCCCAGUGUCCGUAGUCUUCCAGGGACGCCUCAAUAUAAUUCAUCGUCGCCUGUUGUCGGGGCAUUUGCCGGCUGGAACGGUGCUCACUCAUUCAAUUCCGGGACUCUAACGGGACCAAUACUAGGGCGUACACACCCAGGAAAUGGAGAUUCGUACAAUCGACAGUACGCAGACAUGAAUCGUGGACCGUCACCAUUAAUUUGGAAUAAUCCAAACCAACACCAGUACGGCCGUUGGGAAGAUUUUGUAUCAAUGAAACGGCAACAAAAAGACUACGGCAGACCUGGAACUUCAGUACUGAAUCAAGAUAAUAUCGGAGUAGACUCUACUAGCCACGAAUCAGAUACAUCACGUCGUAAUCGUUCUCAUAGUUCCAUGAACAACUCUACUCAAGAUUCAAAUAGUUUAACGCGUCCGAAUUCUUUUCAAUCAGCCGGACCAUCGGCGUAUAAACAAAAUUAUUUACAUAGCAAUAAUCCGAAGCGUAUCAGUCCAUUGCCGAAUCAUCCGAGGAAUUUAGACAGUGGAUAUCAUAGUAAUAAUGGUCAAAACUAUCCAAAGACACGUCGCUCAGCACGAACGCCUUCUCCGUAUAAAAAUCUAUCUGCGCACGUGUCUAAUAGACAAACAAUUGUAUCACCUUAUCCAAACAACAGCGAUCCAACGAAAGAUAAUGAUAAGUUCUUUAAUCCGAUUAACCAUCCCAGUAAUACUUCCGGUAGUAAUUGCAGUAACAGUACUAGUAAUAAUGGCCCGAUAGAUAUUCAAGUUACUAAUUUAGAUCAAAAUAUCGAAGCCAAAACAAUGUGUCGUAUAUUACACUCGAUGUUUUCUGAACACGUGCGCGUUGAACAUAUUGGUGUUUUCAUGCAGUCAGACGGUAAUUACGCGAUAAAUGUUAAACUUGGAUCGUUGUCAGAUGUACAGUAUGCCAUAUCACAACUUCAUCGCCGUAAAAUUGGAUUUAAGAGAAUAUUAAUGUCAUAUGGACAUACUAGCGGUACUAAUCCACAAAUAGUACGUUCGCAAAUAAUAAUGCUGCUUCUAGAAGUACCGGGGUACCAAUUACCACUAUUUAAAUUUCGUGAAAUGUAUGAAAACCGAUUUUUAAUGCCUCUUUCUGUGUCUGAACUUUAUAAAAUGAAGGACGUCUGUAAUGUAAUUGAUGAUAAAAGCGGACGCAUGGUGGCUCUAAAUCCAGAAUUCCGAAAUUCACCAUCACCUUGCAUCGAAAAUAUAUCUCAGCGUGCUGCUAUGGAAUUACCGUACUGCCAUACACACUACCAAAAACCAGGUUCUGACAAAGGAUGGGCUGAGCAAGAGAUUGAGUCUUUACCAAACGUAAUGAUGUCGUUGAAAUUAUUAGGAUUACAUAUUGAGAAACUUCUAAUUACGCACAACGGAAAUCUGCCAUUGCUGACUUUAACCUUUUGCUACGAAGCCGAGUUUAAUGAAACUCUAAAAACUACUGAGAAUGGAGUACCACUCGAGCAUUUAAUCUCUUGCCUGAAUUUCGUAGAGAUUAAACAAGUAAACAAUAACAUUAAAUAUAUAAUUUGGGCUAAAGAUAAAAAUGUUGAUUUCCAUGAAGAAAUCAGAUGUGCUAGUCCGGCUCUAUAUAAUCCGCUGAUGUUGUUCAGUCGAGAGUUGGUUGAUCUAUUGAAAACUGCGCCACACUGCCAGAUUAUUUUCAACAAAUUCAUUCCAGCUUAUCAUCAUCAUUUUGGACGACAGUGUAGAGUUGCAGAUUAUGGCUUUACGAAAUUAAUUGAUCUGCUGGAAGCUUUACCUGGUACUAUUCAGGUGAUGGGCGAGGGAAAUAAAAGAGCAGUAACUCUGUCACAUCGCGCCCAAGUACGUCGUUUCACUGCUGAUCUUCUACGUGUUUUAAAAGCUCAGGCAAGCAAACAAGUAACACUCAUGGAUUUUCCAGCUGUGUAUAGCCGUGUGAUGGGCAAACAAUGGGAUCCAGUUGAUUAUGGAGUUUGUGAAAUAGGUGACAUACUAAAUGAAGUUUCUGAAUAUACAGUCGCCGUGAGUGAAGUUGACGGUGACAAAGUGAUUGCGAUGCCUAAAAGAGAUCAAACAGCUGAAGAAAAAGAGCGAACAAAACAAUUUAGUUUGGAUGCUAUUGAAUUGCUUGGACACAGCCCACAUUGCACGAUGCAGUUUAAUAAAUUCGUCCCAUCUUAUCAUCAUCAUUUUGGUCAUCAAUGUCGUGUUUCAGAUUAUGGAUUCACUAAAUUGAUCGAGUUGUUUGAAGCUAUUCCCCACGUUAUUCAGAUUAAGGAUGUUCCUGAUGGCGAAAAACUUAUUACUUUAACUGAGCCAGAACGUUUACGUAUUUUGGGAGAACAAAUUAAUAAAUUAAUAUCUAAAUAUCCAAAUGGAUUAUUGCUGUCCAAAGUUGGACAAGCUUACUCACGUCAAUUCGGCUAUCUACUUAAUCCAGAAUUAUACGAUUGUCGUUCUUUAGAAAAACUGUUGGGUAAACUCAGCAACUUGGUACAAAUUAUACAAUCACCAGAUGGACCAACAGUUAUUCGGGCAGAUAAAUCUCACUCGCAAUUUUUGGGAUUGAAGUGCCGUAGAAUUUUAAUGGAUCAAUGUCAACAGCGUUUACCUGUCCAUGAAUUCCGUCGUAUCUACGAAAAGUAUUUCGGAGUACCUUGUGAUCUUAGCGAAAUUAAAAAUGAUUUAAAAGAUAUAGUUGAAUUUAUAACUGUAAAUAAUGAAGAAUUUAUCGGGCUAACAGCUCUCCAAUGUUUUGCCUGCAAUCUGUAUCGUGUUUUAAUGAAACAUCGUGGUAAAUUAAACCUCGAACUGAUUGAAAGUGCUUACUCAAAUGUCACUGACAAUGAAUUCAAAGCAACACACUAUGGAUUUUCGUCGUUAAAUGCUCUUCUUCAAGCGCUGCCAUGCACCGUUACAAUCAAAGAAACUCGUACUAAAAAGAAAAUAGUAUUUUUAAACAAACAAUUAGAAACAGUAGGAAUUCCGAUACCACCACAACUAACAUCUCCGAACAGUGACCAAGAAUCUAAUAAUGAACCUGCUACACGAACUCAAUUAUCUCAAUUAAACUACGGGUCUGUGUCAUCAAGACUGAGCGCGUGGGCUGAAAAUACUCUCCAGAAAACUUGGAGCAGCCUGAAUGACGAUAAUAAAUGGAGUCAAGCAGCAACUUCAGGAUCAAAACACUCUGAUCAGUGGCCAAUUAUUGAUGAAAACGGUGAAACGUUUCUUAAAAAUGUUGUCUCACGCACAUCGUCGACGUUUAUGGACAACAUACCCAUGGGUAACAAGACUGGGCUGUCAGAUUCUAUCAAUCAUGAUGACAGUAACGGUGAGUCUGGAGUGUGGUCAUCACCACCUCGCUAUAUUCCGAAUACUUAUUCAACGAAUGUCAACUUACCACCGUUAACGCUACCUGAGUGGGUUCACGAUGAAGAAGACGAUCCUACAAAUCUGCUGUCUCCCGCGAAAAAUCUUUUAUCUGCUGCAGCCGAUCCUCUGAAUUCGUUUUACCCUAAUCACAUGAUAACGGCUCCUCAUCCAUCUGAACUGCCACUUCCUUCGCUAUCGCUGGUUCCGAAGCACAAUCUAUUUUCAGAAUCUUCCAGGAAAAGUGAAGAUAAAAUAGAACCACGUAACCUUGGCAAUUCACUUGAUAUUUUGAGCCCAAAUCGUUCUAAUAACACAUCUUCUGAGAGCGAACCGUCGCAUAACACAAUGGAGAGCGAAAUUUCACACAUUCAUGACAGUACACCAAAAAAAAAGGCAACAGAUUCGCUGAUGCUGUUUCAAAUAUUCUCGAAACACCUGUCGUUUGGUUCCGAGAAACAAUUGUUGAGCCUAAUAGAAAAGUGUAUCCCUGGUAUCAUCGAAAUGGUUGACAGUGAAAUCGUCGCAAUUUUAAGAAAUAGAUAUGAAGACUGUCUUCUUUACAAUCAAGAAGAUGGUGAAAAAUUAUGUGCCGGUGUCCUUGAAGCUGUAGAACAAGCAACUGCAGAUUGGUGUGCAAAACACUCUGAUCUUGGGCCACUGCCAGAUGUUAAAGAUGCUUUUAUGAAACAAAAACAUCGUAUGGUUUGGGAAAGAAGGCAUGGACCCGUUGGUUCCGGAAUGAAACAAAAGGCCGAAUUUUGA